AGUUGUUCGUAUCUCUGGCUUUGGCGUGUGACUGCAUUUGACUGUAUCAAAUGUGUUGUAUUUGAGUGCCAUCGAGUCGGCUGCAAGGCUGCGGAAAGGUGCACAGCGCUCUGACCGGCGUUGUGCUGCUUUUGGUGCACCGACAAGCAACGGGUUUCUUGAGUGCUUAGCUUAGUAGUGACUUACAUUUCUGUAUUCGUAUUUAGUGUCUUGAAGUAAGCGGUAGUUCGUUUGGACUCAGUGGUCACGGUUUAUGUUUGGUUGAAGAAGAUAGAAAGGCAGUCGGCCGUGGCCAGUUUUCGCGUGUAACAGAAACGGUUUUAUUUCUACUGAUUGCUUGCUUUAUCAACUGUAGGCUGCACGUUGUAAACAUAUUUUGUUCGGCUAUUCGGUAUAUGCACGUACUUUUAAGCAUAUUAAUAUGUAUCUUUUUAAAUAACGUUCGUAAAUGUGGUUGGUAAAUUCAAAGUUAUUUUAUUGAUAGUGUGUAAAGUUGAAGCGGUUGAAUUUGUCAGACGUUCUCUAUUUUUUGCUAUGCUCUCCUUCUUCUAAAAUUAACAGAUUCUUGGCAAUUAAAAUGUUGGAGCCUGCUAUUACUAUUAUUUAAAGAUCAUCGAACCGAAACAUGUUUUAAAUGCAUAUUAAUGCUGAAAAUAUAAUAGAUAGUAAAUACUACUUCCACGAAUAAGUGUACAAACAUUAAAAUGAAAAGUUAUUUCUCUACAAUCAGUGGUAGAAAAGGCUUUUUCGGUAGGAUGACCACUAGUUUCACUUCCUACCGUCGUAGCAAAGUAAAAAGUAAAUCGAAUAACGACAUUUCUUCUAUUGUUGCUGAGAUGAACGGUGUUAGUGGUAUGGCAGAUAGCUUACCUCAGCACAUAUCUAACGAUGAUAUCUCAGAUUUAGCUGAAAUGGUGGACCCAACUGUGCGAAAAGAGAUCAAUCUCUCCAGUGAAGAUGUAGCUGUUGUACGCAAAGAACACAAUAAUCGACGCAGCGUUGUAAGCGCGAAUACACAAAUGGACAAUGAUGUCACACCGGUCUACUUGGCAGCGCAAGAAGGGCACUUAGAGGUGCUAAAAUUUUUAGUGCUUGAAGCUGGUGGUUCUCUCUAUGUACGCGCACGCGACGGUAUGGCACCGAUACAUGCUGCUUCACAAAUGGGAUGUUUGGAUUGCCUCAGAUGGAUGGUGCAAGAUCAGGGUGUUGAUCCAAAUCUACGAGAUGGAGAUGGUGCUACACCACUACAUUUUGCCGCGUCAAGAGGACACCUUUCCGUGGUACGAUGGUUGCUUAAACAUGGGGCAAAACUGUCUUUGGAUAAGUACGGCAAGUCGCCCAUUAACGAUGCAGCAGAAAAUCAACAAGUAGAGUGUCUUAAUGUGUUAGUACAACACGGUAGUACAAUAGACUAUGGUUGUCGGGACAGGCAUACUCAACAACGACAGAAAACUUGUUCAUUAUCUAAUAAGGAAUUUCAAGAGAUGCAAAAUUGCAGUUUCAAUAGAAGUGAUGGAGGUAACUGUAUCAACAACAGCUCAAACGGAAGCUUUAACUCGAAUAGUAGUAAGCAGACUAGUUGCAGUAACACCAUUAAAUCGAAGACAUCUUCGUCUUUAAGUUCAGAUAUUGAGCCCUUUUAUUUGCAUCCACCACCGAUCUCUAUGGCCCAUAAACGUAUUGAGGCCAUUUAUUCACAUUCUCAACAAUCGCGGUCAUCUUCUGAGAAAUUAUACAAUGGCCAAAUGGUGCCUAAUGAUGGCUUGUAUGUCAAUCCAAUGCGUAACAGUUUCUUUACUCCUCCUUCCCCGACUGGCAGUGUUUCUGGAGAAUCAUUUUUUCUCCACGACCCUCAUGAACUAAUUUAUAAUCGAGUUCGGGAGCUGUUCGAUUCCGAUUGCAACAGUGCUGGAAAUUUAAAACCGAAAAUGAAUCGCCACAAAACUAAUAGUCAUAACAAAAUACAUAAAUCAAAAACAAUAAACAAUGCAGUUGUUGUACAAGCAGAUGUUCACUCCAGUUCAAGUGGUACAGGAAGCGGAUCAGAAGAAUCUAUAUCCGUUUCUAUUCAAUCGAGUAUGAAAUUAUCUAAAACUAACAACUUUCGAAGUCAAAGUUUUAAUCUUCACACUAAAUGUAACAACGAAAGUAGCAGCUACGAUCAAGAUCUCAGCGCCAGCACCAGCACAAAAAUCAUUACCAAUGAUAAUAAAAAAAUUAAUACCAAUUUAACUUCUGGAAUCAACUAUAAUAAAAUUAGCAACAAUAAUAUUAAAAUUGAUAAACAAAAUCAAGUAGCUAAACAACCUAAAACGAAUUAUUUAAACAAUGACAAGCUGAGACUAGAAAGUUCACAUGACCAUGAUUACGAGGAUAUAUAUUUGGUUCGUGAGGAGGCGCGAAAAAACAAAAGUAAAUACGGUUCUGGACGAUCACGUUCCCGUGAUAGUGGGUCUCAUUCACGCUCAGCUAGCACUUCCUCAACUCGUAGCUCAGAUUUCAUACUACAAUACAGCAAUCAUACUAUGAACAGCAAGCAUCAAAGUGAGCGGCUGAAUCGAAAUAAAUCACAAUCGACUAUAGGAAUACAUAGCAAACCCAAAUACGAGUUAUCACAAAAGGAAAGUUUUACCGUUAAAAAUGUCAAUCUAAAGAACCUGCUCAACGCUAGUAGCAAUGUCAAUUGUGGUGUUAAAAGCGACACAUAUGAAAGUGUGUGUCCAAUAGAAGAUAUUGCUGAGCGUACCAAGCAAUCACAGAAAAACUCCGUUAUUCGAAAUAAUCUUGAUUGCAGUAGCACUGGGAGCAACAGCAAUAUAUUCCACCCAACAUGCAAUGAUGGCAACACAUGCGACCGCCAGUUAAAACGAGUUUCAUCUGCUCCGCCUAUACAAAACAUAGACAUCGUAAGUGGGCCUCCGCCUCCUCCACUGCCGCCACCGAUGAACUCACUUUUACACAAAAGAAUGCAAUUAGUUACAUCAGAUCCCAUGAACUUUUAUAUUAGUAACUCAAAUAGUAAUUUGGAUAAUAUAGAUUCCGAUUCCGGACUUGAGGUAAUUGAGGAACCAAGUUUGCGCCCAUCUGAGUUGAUCAGAAGCAAACACAACCGAACAAUGUCUACAAUAUCAGCAAACAAGAAAGCUAAACUUCUUAAUAGCAGUUGUAAUGGGAAUAUACAAAACUCUGCGUCACUUGCAACUAUUAGCUGUCUUACACCUAGCAGAGAAAAUUUUACUUGUGACAGUUAUCACGUUUGCAAUGAUCAGAAAGAUGAGAGAAUUCAAGUGCAAAAUUACCAUUCAAAUCGAGCAGAUACCCAGCAACAUCUAUUACCCCAAAGCUAUCAGCAAUCUCAAAUGUUUGGAUCUUCCGCCGAAGAUCACUACGAACUACAACAAACACAGUAUGGGUACAGCAAUUCAAAUGGCAAUAUAGUAAGUGGCACACGUCCCGGUGGUCCAAACUUAGUUAAUAAACAGUUAGUACUUCCCUUCGUGCCACCCAGUUUUCCAAACAAAUCACAAGAUGGCGUAACACAUCUUAUAAAGCCUUCUGAAUAUCUAAAAAGUAUAAGUGAUAAACGAUCAUGCCCUUCUUCAGCAAGAUCCACAGAUACUGAAGAUUACAUGCAUAUUCAAGUGGCUAAUCAGCACGGAGUUAACUGCGAGCCUCCAAAGCCUCCACCUCCGCCACCACUUCCAACUCAUCCAUUAAUGCAUCAAAAUGAAAAGCAAAACAAUAUAAAAACAGGAAACAUUAAUCAUGUAUCUGUGGUUAAUCAGGACACUGCCACACGUAAGCAGCAUCAACCCCUCUCCGCCAUCUCCAUUCAAGAUCUUAACAGCGUUCAGCUUCGUCGUACUGAUACCCAAAAAAUGCCCAAGCCGUAUCAAAUGCCAGCACGCAGUCUAAGUAUGCAGUGCCUUUCCACGUCAGCUGAUUCUUACCUUAAAACGGAUUUAAUUGCCGAGUUGAAGAUAUCAAAAGACAUUACGGGCAUUAAGAAAAUGAAAGUAGAGAAACAGUUGGCCGGUCAGUUCGAUAUUGAACAUUAUUCCGAAAUUUCUAAGCAAUUUUCGACAAACAAUUAUAUGGAUCAACUUUAUAUGCAGAUUCCAGAAAAAGAUCAGGCUGGUAACAUCAUUCCGGAUUGGAAACGUCAGAUGAUGGCGAAAAAGGCAGCCGAACGAGCUAAGAAAGAAUUCGAAGAACGAAUGGCUAAGGAAGCAGAGAAUAGGCGCCUCUCACAAAUACCUCAAUGGAAACGAGAUCUACUAGCCAGGCGAGAGGAAACCGAAAAUAAACUAAAAGCAUCAAUUUAUACACCCAAGGUGGAGGAAAAUAAUCGUAUAGCUGAAACUUGGCAACUUAAGAAUCGAGCAAUUUCAAUUGAUAACAUUAAUUUGGUUUCUCCGAGCGUUGAUACCCUUCCAAUUGCUUCCGGCACUUUUGACAGUAGUAACAAGGAAAACAAAGAACAAAAUGAACAAGCUGCGAUCAUAAAUAUUCCAGUAUCAGAUGAUGAUAUCAAUAGUAAUCAAUAUAACAAAGGAGAUGAAGCAGAUAACAUAAUACCAUGGCGAGCCCAGUUACGAAAAACCAAUAGCAGACUAAGUUUAAUUUAAGAACGAAAAUUUCUUAACCCUAAUUCAGAUUUACAUAAUUGUGAGUUUGAACUAACUACUUGAGAAUUUCAUCUUUGCUGUUUACAGUUUAUAUGUGUACGUAAGUAUAUAUUAUACAUUUGCAUCAACUGAACAAUUCUUUACUCCUUAACAAAAUAGUAUAUGGAAUAGUUGACUUCGAAUCGCCAAAUGUGUAAAACAAAACUUGGUAGCCUUGAAGAUAGCAGUUGUACCACUAUGUGAGAUAUCCAAAUACUCUCUCAUAUAAAUUCAAAUAUAUCAAAUACUUUGUUGUUGCUUUUACAUGUCAAAUUUUUAACAUAACAUGCCGAAUCGGAGACAGGUAGCAUACGAAUCUUUUAAGGAUACAAUUGUACGACUUUUUGGCAGAACUGAAUAAAAUAUAUGCAUAUGUGUGUCUCGUACAGUUGAGGAAGAACAAUCCUACCAAUCAAAAACACAUUUUGGUUUGGAAAAAUGCGUUUUCAAUUAAUUUAAUUUAAUA